AUGGAACACCACCAGAAUGGCGACAACAGCGACAAGGGCGCGAAUGGUGAUAUUAGCCAAAUAUGGAAGACGGCGCCUGUGCUCAUUGGCACAACAAAGUUUGAACCAAGAUCUGACGUGCGCAACAUCAUGGUGACGGGCGGUGCCGGCUUUAUCGCAUCAUGGGUUGUUCGGCACCUCUCCAUCGCAUAUGCCGACGCCUACAACAUUGUCUGUUUUGACAAGAUGGAUUACUGCUCCUCCGCCAACAACACGGCCAUUCUCGCGGACCGCCCUAAUUUCACCACCUACGUGGGCGACCUAACGCAUCCGCACGAGGUCGUGGACUGCAUGGAAAAGCACAACAUCGACACAGUCAUGCACUUUGCGGCGCAAUCGCACGUCGACCUCAGCUUUGGCAACUCGUAUAGUUUCACGCAGACCAACGUGUUUGGGACGCACGUGCUGCUUGAGAGCGCCAAAAAGGUCCGCAUUCGGCGCUUCAUCCACGUCUCGACGGACGAGGUCUACGGCGAGGUCAAAGGUGGCGAGGACGACUUGCCCGAGGCCAGUAUACUGGCGCCGACAAAUCCGUACUCGGCUAGCAAGGCUGCCGCUGAGAUGAUGGUGCAGUCGUAUCAAGCCAGUUUCAAGUUGCCUUGCAUUAUUGUACGCAGUAACAAUGUCUAUGGACCUCAUCAAUACCCCGAAAAAAUCAUAUCAAAAUUUGCCUGUCUGCUCAAUAGAAGGCAGCCGGUCGUCCUUCACGGAGAUGGUAGUCCGACCCGGCGCUACCUCUACGCCGGCGACGCCGCCGAUGCGUUCGACACCAUUCUGCACAAAGGCCAGAUUGGACAAAUAUACAAUGUCGGUUCCUCUGAUGAAGUGUCCAACCUCGACCUAUGCGCCAAGCUCCUCUCCGUCAUGGGCAUGGUGGACGGGUGCGACGCCGACCCCGCCGCCAUCAUGCAGCAGCCCGCUUUCCGCACAUGGGUCAAGUAUACGCACGACCGGCCCUUCAACGACUGCCGGUAUGCGGUGGACGGAUCCAAACUGCGGAGGCUGGGUUGGAGCCAGCGGACACAGCUGGACGCUGGCCUGCGCAUCACAGUCGACUGGUACCGACGGUUCGGCGAAACGUGGUGGGGAGACAUAAGCCACGUCUUGACACCGUUUCCCGUGGUGGAAGAGGGUUCCAUUGUGCCUGAUUUUGAUCAUAGGAUACGCGAUGACCCGAUGGGGUCGGAUGAAGAGUCGGGACCGGAAACGUCGUGGAAGAAGGACCAGACAAAUUGUUAA